UCUGCUUCUGAUAGCAGUUUUGGCUGCAUUCUAAAGGGUGUGGUCUGGCACAUUCCUGCUAUCAUUGUUUGCUAUACAUUCCUGGAACUCUUAUCAGCUCAACAAUUCUGGAGUUGUGUACAACAAAUUUCACGUCUACCAUGUCUACCAUUUGAGUGUUUAUUCAUUAAAAUUGGCACAGGAGCUCCACGCCCACUUGAAUGGCUCCAUCAGUUCUGUUACUAUGAAGAAACUUCUGGCUCAGAAACGAUAUCUUCAAAUCCAUAAUGGAAUGACAAUGAUUGACAAGGGGAAGAAAAGGACUUUAGAAGAAUGUUUUCAGAUGUUUAAUAUCAUUCAUCGGAUUACCAGUAGGACCGAAGAUAUAUUAAUGGUAACUAAAGAUGUUAUUAAAGAAUUUGCUGCCGAUGGUGUCAAGUAUCUGGAGUUAAGGAGCACACCUAGAGAGGAAAAUGACACUGGCAUGACCAAAAGGACAUAUGUGGAAACUGUACUUGAAGGAAUAAAACAGUGCAAAGAGGAGGAUUUGGAUAUAGAUGUCAGGUUUUUAAUAGCAAUAGAUAGAAGAGGUGGACCUAUCGUGGCCAAGCAAACUGUUAAACUUGCUGAAGAGUUCCUCCUUUCCACCAAUGGGAUUGUGGUAGGGCUUGACCUCAGUGGUGAUCCCACCGCAGGACAUGGCAAAGAAUUUUUUGAACCCCUUUUUGAAGCGAAAAAGGCAGGUCUGAAACUGGCAUUGCAUCUUUCAGAGAUCCCAAAUAAAGAAGAGGAGACCAAAAUUCUCCUUGGUUUGCCUCCAGACAGAAUUGGACAUGGUACAUUUCUCAACUCUACAACAGGUUCAGAGGACCUUGUGCAGCUUGUUAGACAGAAUCACAUACCUAUAGAACUUUGUGUGACGUCAAACUUCAAAAGUCAGACUGUACCUUCCUGUGACAAACACCAUUUUGGAUACUGGUACAACAUGGGCCACCCCACUGUACUUUGUACUGACGAUAAAGGUGUCUUUGCAACAGAUUUGUCUCAGGAGUACCAGAUGGUUGCUAAAACAUUUAAUCUGACGCCGUCACAGAUGUGGGACCUCUCCGAUGAAUCAAUCAACUAUAUCUUUGCUUCAGACAGUGUAAAAUUGAAGCUAAAGGAACAAUGGCAUAAACUGAAACCAAGUCUGCUAAGUAAUUAAACUAUAGUUAUAAAUAGAUGAAAACAGAAUAUACUAGCUCAGUUAAUAAGGAUGAUCUGCCUAAGCGAUUCUGUCUUUGGCCUUUUAAAUUUUUAUACAAGCAUAGGGUCCAGUCCUGCAGCCUCUGAUUAUAUGAGUUAAGGGCUACAGGAACAGACCCUUAUUUAACCAGGAUGAGAGAGAAGUUCCUUUCCACACUUUGUCUGAAAAAAGUCUGUCAGUGAGUAAAAUUCCAGAUUUUUCAUGUACUAAAUAUCAUAUUCACUGUAGAGAAACUAGUUUUUUUAAUUACCGUAUAUACUCGUUCAUAAGCUGAAUUUUUUUAGUAAAAAAGGGAAGCAUCAUAGA